CUGUGCAGGUACACGCUUCUCCCCCAGGGCGUCCUGCAGGUGAGCGGCGUGCGGCGGGCGGACGCCGGCGUCUUCCGCUGCGUGGCGAAAAACAUCGCCAACACCCGCUACAGCCAGGAGGCCACGCUCAACGUCACCGGUGGAGCUUCCCGGACCUAUAAGGAGCCCAUCAUCUUAUCUGGGCCUCAAAACCUGACCCUCACCGUCCAUCAGACCGCCAUCCUGGAGUGCAUCGCCACCGGGAACCCCCGGCCCAUCGUGUCCUGGAGCAGGCUGGACGGGCGCUCCAUCGGGGUGGAGGGCAUCCAGGUGCUGGGCUCCGGGAACCUGAUGAUCUCCGACGUGUCCCUGAGGCACUCCGGCGUUUAUGUGUGCGCCGCCAACCGACCGGGGACCAGGAUGAGGCGCACGGCCCUGGGCCGCCUGGUGGUGCAAGCCCCGCCGGAGUUCGUGCAGUGGCCGCAGUCCGUGUCCCGGCCAGCAGGGGGCAGCGCGGUGUUCACCUGCGUGGCCCAGGGGGAACCGGAGCCACACCUGGUCUGGCUGAAGAACGGGAAGGUCCUAAAGCCAGGGGACCACUCUCUGAGCUAA